GGGCAGAGCAAGGGGAAGAUGGCGGUGCCCAAGGCCGCAGUGGUGCUGAGGCACGUGAAGAGCGUCAUGGUCCGGUUCUGCCCUUUCCAGACCAACGUGGAAACCACGCGAAUAUUUCUUGAACAUGUAAACAGUAAAAAAGCUCGUGCCUCCAAUAUCAGCUGCGUAGUGACAACAGAUGUAAGACAUGAUGGAUCUGAACCAGUUGUAGACAUCAUGUUUGCUGAUGGAGACAGAUUGAUAAUGAAAGGAGCCAACUUGACAGCAGCAGAAAUGUUAUCGGCUUUCAACUCCAGAUGCAUAGCAAAAGACCUUAAAGCAGAAGAGAAAACCAAGAAAAAGGGUGCUUGAAGAUCAAAGGAACAAUUAUGCUUAAAAUUGUUUAGGCAUGUGAAAAGCAGCGAGCAGCUUUUGUCAUCAGAACUACAUAGGAAACUUCACUAAUAACUGACAUGAAAUCUUAAAAAGAGACAUGGACAAAAUGCUGGCCAAUUCAACAUACAGCUGAAUGAUUCAUAUAAAUAUAUAUUUUGCCUAAGGAAAAUAUAAUGGAGAAGCUAAAAUCGUUAACUCUGGCAGGGUCGGCAAGUCUUGUAUGCACAAAUAAAUUCCUCUAGCCAUAUACACAAACCAUCAGUCUCUUGACCAUGCACACACUGGAUCAAUGCCAUGCCUAUUUGUAUAUUAAUAUGAAUAAUGAAGAUGAGCCUAAGAAAUUUGU